UAAUUUUCUUUCAUACUGAUGAAUAUAGAGAACCUGUCGAGAAGAUUUUGUUGUUACGUGAGCUUUCACUUUUCCUCAUGUUAUUGGGUUUUUCGGACAGUAGUUAAUAAGUUUGUUUGCCUGUCUGACCCUCCAAGAUUGAAGAUCGAAGAUUGAGAAAUAUCAUGGAAGAAGACAAGCUGGACUACCUACUGGUUCCACUGGGGCUACUGCUGCUUGCUGCCUAUCACGUUUGGCUUCUAUUUACCGUUCUCAAGCAUCCUACAAGAACUGUCAUCGGCUUAAAUGCUGAGUCUCGUCACCAAUGGGUUUUCGCCAUGAUGACUGAUCCCUUGAAAAAUGGUGUUUUGGCAGUACAAACAAUACGCAACAACAUAAUGGCAUCUACACUUUUGGCAACAAUAGCAAUCACUCUUAGUUCACUGAUUAGUGUUUUUGUUAGCAGCAGCUCAGAUUCUGGCAAUGCAACUCUACAAAUAGUUUAUGGCAAUAAGAGUCCUCUACUCUCUUCAAUCAAGUAUUUUUCCAUCUUGCUGUGUUUCCUUGUUGCCUUUCUUUGCAAUGUGCAGUCUAUUAGAUACUAUGCCCAUGUAAGCUUCUUGGCUACUCUCCCUUCAUCAAGAGACAAUAUGGAAACUGUUGAGUAUGUUGCAAGAAACUUAAAUAGAGGAAGUUAUUUCUGGUCGCUUGGACUUCGAGCCUUUUACUUAUCCUUCCCUCUAUUGCUUUGGAUCUUUGGGCCCAUACCCAUGUUUUUGUGCUGCUGCAUGAUGUCUUUUCUUCUCUAUUUCUUGGACACAACAAGCAAUUUCACACGUGAUCUUCACCGUCGCUCAUUCAAAGAGGACAUGUUGAAAGGUGUUGAUCUGGAAUCGACUGGUCCAUUAUCGGAGAAAAUUCCUUUUGGAGUAUCCAACCUUUAUUGCCCUCUACUACAUGCUGACACCAAUUUUUCGUGAAUCUCAAAUCUCCCUAAUCAAGAGUGUAGAAGAUGCCUACUCCACGAUUUAAUGGUAAUUCUUCAGGAUCUAUCAAAGUAGACAUACUAUUAGUUUUUGGUAGAACUAGAGUUCUUGAAGAUUGAUUCAAACCGUAGUCACUAAGGUGGUAUUUAGGAUUGUUAAUACCACAUUAGAAAAUCAGUAGUUCCAAAAGUUAAUGUUGAAUUGGUUUGAUUCUUUGAUGAGGAUGGGAGCUCUACGAAAGUCGAGGUUCCUCCUACAUCAUCAGCAGCACAGGAGCACAUUAUUUUGCUUCAAAAUAUUCCUAGCUUGAAAUAUUAUUACCUGAGUACCUCCAUUUCUAGAUGGGGUUGUAGUUGUUGUUUGCUA